CGGGCAGCGAGGCGCAGCUCCUAGGCUGGGUCCGGGUGCUUGGCGGGGGGCGGCGGCGGCCUCAUCCCCGCUCGUCCUCCCCGGGCCCGGAGACACCCCCGCCCCAGUCAUGCUGAGCAGAGUAUGGAAGCAGCUGACUACGAAGUGCUAUCCGUGCGAGAGCAGCUGUUCCACGAUAGGGUCCGCGAGUGCAUCAUCUCAAUACUUCUGUUUGCAACACUCUACAUCCUCUGCCACAUCUUCCUGACCCGCUUCAAGAAGCCUGCUGAGUUCACCACAGGGGAUGAUGAAGACGCCACAGUUAACAAGAUUGCGCUGGAGCUGUGCACUUUUACCCUGGCAGUCGCCCUGGGCGCUGUCUUACUCUUGCCCUUCUCCAUCAUCAGCAAUGAGGUGCUACUCUCACUGCCACGCAACUACUACAUCCAGUGGCUCAAUGGCUCCCUCAUCCAUGGUCUUUGGAACCUCGUUUUCCUGUUCUCCAAUCUGUCCCUCGUCUUCCUUAUGCCCUUUGCAUAUUUCUUCACAGAGUCUGAAGGCUUUGCUGGCUCCAGAAAGGGUGUCCUGGGCCGGGUCUACGAGACAGUGGUGAUGUUGAUACUCCUCACUCUGCUUGUGCUGGGCAUGGUGUGGGUGGCAUCAGCCAUUGUAGACAAUGACAAGGCCAGCAGGGAGUCACUCUAUGACUUCUGGGAGUACUACCUCCCCUAUCUCUACUCCUGUAUCUCCUUCCUCGGAGUCCUGCUGCUUCUGGUGUGCACUCCACUAGGUCUCGCCCGCAUGUUCUCCGUCACUGGGAAGUUGCUGGUCAAGCCCCGGCUACUGGAAGACCUGGAAGAACAGCUGAACUGCUCAGCCUUUGAGGAGGCAGCUCUGACUCGAAGAAUCUGCAAUCCCACCUCCUGCUGGCUGCCGCUGGACAUGGAGCUGCUGCAUAGACAGGUCCUGGCUCUGCAGGCGCAGAGGGUCCUCCUGGAAAAGCGGCGGAAGGCGUCAGCCUGGCAGCGGAACCUGGGCUACCCUCUGGCCAUGCUGUGCUUGCUGGUGCUGACGGGCCUGUCUGUGCUCAUUGUGGCUGUCCACAUCCUGGAGCUGCUCAUUGACGAGGCUGCCAUGCCACGGGGCAUGCAGGAUGCUGCCCUGGGCCAGGUCUCCUUCUCCAAACUGGGGUCCUUUGGUGCCAUCAUCCAGGUCGUGCUGAUCUUUUAUCUGAUGGUGUCCUCGGUAGUGGGCUUCUACAGCUCUCCACUCUUCGGAAGCCUGAGGCCCAGAUGGCAUGACACAUCUAUGACACAGAUAAUUGGGAACUGUGUCUGUCUCCUGGUCCUCAGCUCAGCACUUCCUGUCUUUUCUCGAACCCUUGGGCUAACACGCUUUGACCUGCUGGGUGACUUUGGACGCUUCAACUGGCUAGGCAAUUUCUACAUCGUGUUCCUCUACAAUGCAGCCUUUGCUGGCCUCACCACACUCUGUCUGGUGAAGACCUUCACUGCAGCUGUGAGGGCAGAGCUGAUCCGAGCCUUUGGGCUGGACAGACUGCCGCUGCCUGUCUCUGGUUUCCCCCGAGGUUCUAGGAAGAAGCAGCAUCAAUGACCUCCAGCUGGGGGUUGAGAAGGAGAAAACUAGGCACUGCCUAGGCCUGGAGGAGAGCCCUAGGUGGCUGGACCUCAGGACCUGGAAUCUGAGAGGGUGGGUGACAGAGGGGAUGGACCAUCUGCACUGUUGCUUAAUCUGAGCCAGAGUUUGGGACCUGGCCCGGCCUCCUGCCUUUCCAGAUGUAGCUGUGGCCUGAGUGUUGGAGCUCGGGGCUUGCUUUAGUUCCUGGUCCCAGAUACGUUUACACAUCUAUCUGCCUCAAUCCUGCUCCAGGCCAUGCCUGAAGCCAUGUUUACAUGAUUUGACGUGCAAUAGGGUGGGUGGGAGUCGGGGGGGCUGGCCAGGGGUGGGUUCUGGACACAGGUUGUCUGCCUUGCCUCUGGCCCAGGAGAGCCGAAGCACUGUGCUGUCCUGUGGAGGGAGGGCGUGGACCACUGGAGAGACCAAGGGUGCGGGGAGGAGGCUGCACCCAUGAGCAAUAAAGUUGAUCCCAGGGUUUUCUUCGUUCUUUUGUAAA